AUGUCGGAAAAACGCGUCAGGAUUCGACCCAUCAGUGGUUCGGAAGAGAGACAGGCAGCUAUACAUCACUUGAAGGAGAAGACCUGCAUACAGGGGUUCAACACGUGCUUGCUGGCCUACGGGGUUGUCGGUACGGGAAAGACAUACACUUUACACGGAGAACAACAUGAAGAACUAUUGGUACAUCACCAUCCCAAGAUCGGCGUCUAUAUAGAGAACUUGACCGAGAAUGCCUGCAACAGUCCUCAGAGCGCCAUGGACCUCCUUAAGUUCGGUCAUAAGAUGCGCUCAGCCUCCAAUACCAACCUCAAUUCCCAUGGAUCCCGAUCACACACUAUAUUACGAUUGCGGUUCGAAAUUGAGGGGAGAAUGACCACAGCCCUCUUCGUAGACUUGGCCGGGCUGGAAGAUUCAAAACAUAGCGAGAUUGGCUUGACGAGCUCACACUCCGGCCGCAGGCUAAAGGAGCUAUCCUUCGUGAACAAGUCCCUGUUCGAGUUAGCUAACUGCAUCCAUUCGCUCUCAACAAAUCAUCACCACACCAGCCAGCCGGUGCCCUUCAGGAACAGCAAGCUCACCCUUCUACUCUCGGACUGCCUUAUGGGCAACUGUAAAACCCAUAUGCUCGCCACGAUAUCUCCAGCCGCCGUAGCCUAUCACAGUACGGUCUCUACUCUGAGAUUCGCGUCUACAGUGAAGGGCAUCAAGUGCAAGUGCACUCCAGUGACGAAGGGAAACCGUAACGAAUGCCUUAUCAAGCUCGCGGAAGAAGUAGCUGACCUCAAAAGUCAACUGGCGUGCCUCAAGGAUGACCAUCCAGCUGCUGGUCUGUGCAUCAAGGUCCACAGUCACUCGCAUCUGCCUACUCACUCAGUCGGGCUUCAGGAAGUAGAAAGGAGCAUCCGUGCAGUGAGCACAGUCCGUGACAAGUACCGCCAAGAGUGGAGUGAUGCCAUUAAAGAGGCCAGUGUUCAUAGUGACCUACGUAUUGGCCUACUCAAGUGA